AUGAGUACAAAAAAUUAAAAAGAGAAUCUAAUAGGCUCAAAAGAGAGGAAAAAUAAAAGAGAAAGCAAGAAAAAAGAAGCAGGACAUCUUUAUAAAGCGAAGAAUCAAACUCUACAGACAAUAGCAAUAGCUCUAAUUCCAUUUUCAAAGAAACCAACCAAACCGAAAAUUUUUCUAAAGAAAAUUGAGUUGUUUUUUGAUUAGAUUUAAAAAGAAAAAUACAAUCAAAUAAAAAUAAUUUUUAAGCUUAAUGGCGAAAGUAAUAUGAGAUUUAUCAUAUAUUUAUAUUUAUUUUUUGUGCUUCAGUUAAUAAAAAGCUAAAAUAUCACAAAAAUACUAACAAUAAAUUAAAUUUGUUUUCUCUGA